AUGGCCGAAAUAAUCGCCCUCGCCGGGUGUACAAACUCGGGAAAAUCGACAUUGGCGAAGGAAUUUCAAAAAUUCGUAAGUUUGCAUUUUGUCGUAAAAUUCAGUGUUUGCACAGUUUACGAGCUACAGUAACCCUUGUUUGCAGUUUGGUCCCUCGGAAACGACUAUUAUUAAUCAGGAUGAGUUUUAUAAAACUGAGGAUGAGGUAAUCAUAGGAUAAAGUGUUUUUUAUCUAGAAAAAUUUGUUUAAGGUGGAAAAAAUUUACGAUCCGGCUGCCAAGGACCUCACAAAAGAGGGCUAUUAUUGGAGUUUCGACGAAAAAGAGGCGAUUCAUAUCGAUCGAUUUAGGCAAACAAUUGUGGAGGUAUAAUAGCGAAUCUUGCACCGAGAAUAGGCAUUUAGUUUUCAGGCCUCGAAACACUACAAAUAUGUGAUAUUGGACGGAAAUAUGAUCACCGAAAUGGACGAGAUUUUGGAACUUUGCGAUCGGAUAAUUGUGAUGACUUUGGACGUGGUAACGAAAGUGCCGUAAUCCUGGAAAACGCGUUUUUUAUUCAGAAAACGUGCCGCCGUCGCCGAGAAGCCCGCACGGACUACGUUCCGCCGGACAGCCGCGGAUAUUUCGAUCAUGUCGCCUUCCCGGCCUACUUGAGACAUUUGGAACGAGCCAGACACCUCAGUACGCGCCCUUUUUAGGCCCUGAUGAUUGUAUUUUAAAAUUGUUCACUUUUAGGCCGAACCGACGCUCGGAUCACUUUCAUCGACGUGUCCGAAUCGAGAUUCGAAGAGAAAAACGAGUCGAUUGUGGAUUUCCGGCGACAAAUUCUCAAUGAUCACAUCAAAAUUACCAGCGAAAAGUUGGAUGUGGAACUGGCGCAGAGACUCGUCGCCGAGUGAGUUCACCGCUAUUUGGAUUUCAAAAAAUGGCUCCGGGACAUUUCGAAACCAAUUCAGUACAAGUAUUUAAAAAUUCAAAAAACCGCCAAAUUCGCAGUAUGGACAGUAAUUUUUCAUAUUGCUCAGAUUAAAAACGUGUUCUUUUUUUCUGCUGGAAAUAGAUGUUUUUUCACUGUUUUUUCUCGGCUUUGUUCUGUGUUUUUGUCGAACAUUCUUAUUAUCUAACUUUUCGAUCGUUCUCUUUCCGCACAAUUCCGUUGUUUUCGCGAAUAAUUUUGUUAAGUUAUACGUUUGUGGUAGUAUAAAUCAGACUUGCCAAAUUACGGGCCGAAAAUUUGCUGGCCCGGCCCGGUCGGCCCGGCUCAAAAGGCGCGAAUUCAAAUUUUUGGGGGAAAUCUAUUUUUUCGUUUUUUUUUUUUGCGGGUAUCAAAAUUAAAACUUUUGCUUUGAUGCCAAUAAAAACUAUUUUUGAGAACUACAUUUCUUUUUUAUGCUCGAGAUACUUGCAAAAUUCGUUAGUUCUACGAAAAACAAACAUUUUAUUUAAUCAAUCGUUCAAAAUUUGGAUUCCCGCUUUUUGAACCGGGCCGGAGUUUUGAAAAUUUUGGCCCGGCCCGUGGCAACUCUGGUAUAAAUAGUCCGAAAUCAUAAUUAAUUGCAAAAAUACACUUAACAUGCAUUUCUACCGCGAAUUUGGCGGUUUUUUUGAAUUUUUAAAUAUUUGUGCUGAAUUGGUUUCGAAAUGUCCCGGAGCCCAAAAAAAUCAUAGCGAUUUGCAGCCCGACGUGCGGCGCGAUCUCAACGUUCAACGGCGUGACGCGGAACCACCACUCGGGCCGUCGUGUCGAGAGCCUCUCGUACGACUGCCACGACCUGAUGGCCUACAAAAAACUGCGCGCGAUCUGCCAGCAAACUCGCACUCUCUUCCCGGACGUCUCGAAAAUUGUCAUCUUCCACCGCAUCGGCGUCGUCGGAAUCGGAGACUCUUCCGUCCUCAUCGCCACCUCAUCGCCCCAUCGCAAGUCGGCCAUUUCGGCGACAGAGAAGCUCAUCGACCUGCUGAAAGAGGAAGUGCCCAUUUUUAAGUACGAACUGUACUCGAUCGGAAAUCAAGGCGCUUGGAAGUCGAAUGUCGAAGAUUGCAAGAACGUUGAUUAG